AUGUCGUCACAAGAAAGUUUGGAAAUUCGCGCAAACAUUAAGUUUUGCAAAGAAAUAGGGAAAACACCAUCCGAAACGUAUAAGCUACUAAUGCUGACACGGGGAGACAGCUGCGUUUGCCGUGCACUGGUUUUCAAGUGGCAUCGACGCUAUUCUGAUGGCCGACAGUCCCUUGAAGAUGAUGCAGGUCGUGGACGGAAGUCAACAAUCGGACCGUCAGCUGUGACGUCAAUUGAUGAGAAACUGGAAGCGGAUUGCAGAAUGACUGUACGGGAGCUGUCAGAGGCUGCCACUGUCAGCUAUGGAACCGCACACAGCAUUCUGACCACCGAAUUAAACAUGCGGAAGGUACUCGGCCGUGAUCUCAUCCGGGCGCUAAGAAAGAAUAGGGGUGACAUCUCGGUUGAUCAGUUCAUCCUCCAUCAGGAUAAUGCCCCACCUCAUACUGCGGCGACCACUCAGCUUGAGAUAAGCGUCCUAGGACUGGAGGUCAUUCCACUUCCGCUGUACUCACCUGACUUGGCCCCGUUCGAUUUUGCUAUUUUCCCGAAGUUGAAAUCCCACCCCAAAGGUCGCAGACUAUAUGUAGAUGUCGAUGGAAAUGAGAAAGGUAUCAAGGACACUGACAGCGAGCCGAAGAAGACACGGCAAAUUGAAGAAGCAGGUGUCGAGGCAUAUGCAAAUUUUAAGGAAAAAUACUCACAGGAUUACCUCUCUCUUAUGAGGAAAUUUGAACACAAAAAGUAUGGCUUUCUAGGUGACAAGGGUCAAGCAGUUGUUGCCAUUCAAGUCCCAUUUUCCGACAAACACCUUGUGAUUAUCCCUGCAAAGGCAAACGUUGCCAUAAUGAAGGGAGCAGUUAUCUACGGAAGAGAAGAGAAUUUAAUAGAAACACGCAUCUGCAAGAACACGUUUGGUUUGGAUUGGAAUGAAGACUUUGAUCCUAGAAUCCACCCUGUGAGUAAGCGAGAAUGCACGGAUGACGGAUACAUGUGCAAAGAUAUUUUCAAGGUGAUCGCAAAAGUAGGUGACGCAAUUGCUUCCAACACACCUACACAAAUUAUAAAAUCCUAUGUGAAGACAGCUUCACAAACAGUGAUGGAGUUUCCGUUUUACAGAACUCUUACUGAUCCCCCACCUAUGUUCAUAGACGAUGAAAGCUGUACUUUUAUGGGCUCCAUGAAAAUAUCUUUAGAAGACACUACAGGAGGAAUAGAUCGGUUUGUGACGUUGAAGAUAUUCAUAGGAGCAACAACGCUUAAUGCCCAAGCCAUUGACAACAAGGGCAGGACCCAUAGAGCUACCCUUUUGCUCGAAAAAAAACAACAGGUUUAA